AUGGAUCCCACCAUGACAGAACACGACUUUCGAUUUCCUCGCCGGCCCCAUCAUCCGGGCCGUGGUGGUGAUGCCGACGAGCAUGGAGGGCCCGGCCGCCAGCCCCUCGGCCUCGACGCUGCCAACUCGGAAUUGAUCCAGGCCGUUGCCAUCGCCAACGACAAGUUGCUUGGUAGCGCCUUGUUUCCAUCUCUCGACAAUGCCGCCGCCGAAGACUCCCCGUCCAUUGACCAGCUUCGCCGCGACGACCCGCUUGCCGCUCAGGUCUGGAAGUUCUUCACCAAGACGAAGCAGCAUUUGCCGAACCAACAGCGCCUCGAGAACCUCACCUGGCGCAUGAUGGCUCUGAGCAUGCGCAAGCAGAAGCAGGAGGAUGAGGCCCGUCGGCAAACAGACCAACAGGCCCGACUCAACCUCCCAUCAGGAGCAUCCCAUAAUGCGCCCAGUGGAAUUGCUCAAUUGCGAAAGUCUACAGAAAUCAAUGCCGCCGCCGGCGCGGACGCCAUGAAUCUCGACGAUUUCAUCUAUUCGGAAAAUGUCGCUACCCCUUCAGGCCUCAUGUCCCCGCCGCCAGCUCCCAGGCGUGAAAGUGCAUGUGCGCUAUCGGCUUCAGGAAUUCCCAUCAAGACUCGCAAGCCGUCUUCCUCUUCCAACCACUUUGUCCCUCAGUCUGUACCCCAUUACCAACGAACGGGUAACAAUGAAUUCAACUACGUCCAACGUCACCAACGCAAGACCAGCAUUGAUGAGCGUCGUAACCGCAAACGCCCCGCCAAUUUCUCACCACAUGUACUCGCUGUCAAUAGCAACAUAUCCGGCGGUGCUUCUAAUCUGGAAGCUGAUUCUGAACUCCAAGGAUACUCGCUCGACAAUACCGAUUCGGUUUCAAUGCAGCAGCUUACUCAAGGCAGCAAUCCUGCUCUUUCUUUUUCUCUCGACACCUUCAUGGACAAUGAUGCAGUUAUGAAUCAAGCGGCAUCGUAUCAGCAGAAUUUUUCAUUUUCUCCCUCCACUUCUCCAAUGAUACCCCAUGGUCCUUACCCCAACAUCUAUAACACUAGCUCUUCGGUUCCGAACUCGUCUCUAAAUAAUACCGACCUAUACUCGCCAACUGGAUCUGCUUAUCAGUCCACCGUUUCCACUCCCAUGGCCAUGCCCGACAACGAUGGCUUGUAUUUUGGGUCUCAGGAUAAUCGUCACCAGCACCAUUCUCAGAAUAUGCGACAACAAACGGUGCAGAACAUGGCCAACAUCAGUCACAACCAGCCGUUCAUGUACAACGGUUCCAAUAACGGAAACCAGUUGUAUUCUGCCCCUGACAAAGAGUCUUCAUCAAUAUCAGCCUUUGGUACUGCUCCAAGCUCAUAUAGUCAUAUCGACCCGAGUCGGGUAUUCCAAACUGACAGCCAGGUUGCUUCGCCCGCCGUGGGUAUGAGACCGGAUAAUAUGUUCUCAUUUGGCGGAGAUUCUGAUGACGACGACAAUGGCAACGGUAUGCAGGGGCAAAGCAUGCAGAUUCAUGGUGACUUCUCGUCAUCCGUGGAUGAAGCAGGUUCCAUGGGAUGGGAUGCCUCUCUUCCAGGACAGUUCAGCACACAGGCCGCUCGUUUCCCCGGCGGGCCGCCACGAAAGCAAGUUAUGAUUGGUGGUACAACGACUGACUAUGUUGAUCACAAUGGCGACUGGGAAAAUUCCGGGUUGGGGAGGUCACAGUCGUUCAAGGCUGGUAACGACAAGAGGCGGCAAAGUCUCCCUCGGACGGCAUCCACCCCAUCGCAUAUGGGCGUUCAACACGGUGGCCUCGAGCAAGUCGCGCAAAGUUCGCCUACGUCCCCGGGUGACAAUGCGCCUGGUUCUAUGUCAGGUUUCUCCUCUGCUGCUCCGAGUCGCCCGUCAUCCCCUCCCGGCUCCAAACAUGGAUCAUCAGCCAACUUGCAGGUUGCUGGCGGCAGCCAGAACGAUGGCGGCGCGCCAACAACUUGUACUAACUGCUUCACGCAGACAACUCCGCUGUGGAGACGAAACCCAGAGGGCCAACCUCUUUGUAAUGCCUGUGGUCUAUUCCUGAAACUUCACGGUGUUGUUCGACCCCUCAGUUUGAAAACUGACGUUAUCAAGAAGAGAAAUAGAGGUUCAGGUCCUAAUGGAUCUGGCGGCGGCGCGAGAUCGCGGAAGAACCCCGCCGGCUCUACAGCUGCGUCUCGCAAAAGCUCAACGCUGUCCAUGGCAACUGUGGCUGCAAGCAGCACUAGUGUCAACGCCACCAUUCACUCGACGGGCAGCACCUCGUCGCCUCCUGGAAGCCGAACUGUUUUGCCCAAGGACAGCGAAAGCCCCGUGGCUACAAGCGUAAGCUCCGGCCCCAACACGGCUGGCAGCACUCCAAACAGCCAUUACGGCAGCAUGAGCAGCACAGCUGCCGCUGGCGGCAAAGGCGUUGUUCCUAUCGCCGCAGCUCCCCCGAAAGCAACUCCAGGCCCCGGGGCCUCGUCGUCUUCGAGGUCCGGACAGGCGUCGGCUUCAUCCAAACGACAGCGCAGGCAUAGCAAAAGCUUCGGAACUGAAGCUACAUCGGGUAUGGAAAUCGACAGCCCCACGGACACGUCCUCACCCGGUGACUUUUCGCAUUCCAUUGGCCAUCCCCCAAGCAUGUCCUCCAUUUCCAGCACCAUGCUGUCGAACAGCUUCGGGAUGGCGCCUCAGAGAAACCCCAUCGUCCAUGGAGGCAUGAUUCAAAUGAACCACCAUCAACCCGGUGCCGCUCAGCACAGCGCAGGAGGGCCUGCCACGGGUCCACAGGAGUGGGAAUGGCUAACAAUGAGUCUAUAA